UGUCGUCCGGACGCCGUGCUAGUGCCUGGAGUCGCCAUUUUGCCCUUAGAGACGCCGCCUGGAGGCUCAGCGUUUUCUUCUCCCGGCAGCGGAGGCUGCGGCGGGGCCGGGGCUGGGGUCAGGGCCAGGAGGAAUUUUGUUGUCAGAGAAUAAAAGGAGGUUGUCCAUAAUUGACUUUAAGCAGCAAACUAUAAAACACUGAGCUCUUCAGCUCCACCUUUCUUGGUCUGAAAAUUGGAAAAACAAGAAGGUUUUGAUGUUUUGUUUGACGCCACCUGAACUAGAAGCCAAGAUGAACGUAACCAAAGGAGGUCUGGUGUUGUUUUCAGCAAAUUCUAAUUCAUCAUGUAUGGAGCUUUCAAAGAGAAUUGCAGAGCGACUGGGGGUAGAGAUGGGCAAGGUGCAGGUUUACCAGGAACCUAACAGAGAAACAAGAGUACAAAUUCAAGAGUCUGUGAGGGGAAAAGAUGUUUUCAUCAUCCAAACUAUUUCAAAGGAUGUGAACACCACCGUCAUGGAGCUCCUGAUUAUGGUGUAUGCAUGUAAGACCUCAUGUGCCAAGAGCAUUAUCGGGGUGAUCCCAUACUUUCCAUACAGCAAACAAUGCAAGAUGAGAAAAAGAGGCUCCAUUGUCUCUAAAUUGCUGGCUUCAAUGAUGUGCAAAGCUGGUCUAACUCACCUUAUCACUAUGGAUUUACACCAGAAGGAAAUCCAGGGUUUCUUCAAUAUUCCUGUUGAUAAUUUAAGAGCAUCUCCAUUUUUAUUACAGUAUAUUCAAGAAGAGAUCCCGGAUUACAGGAAUGCAGUGAUCGUGGCCAAAUCUCCAGCCUCAGCCAAGAGGGCACAGUCUUUCGCUGAGCGCCUGCGGCUGGGCAUCGCAGUGAUCCACGGAGAAGCCCAGGACGCUGAGUCGGACCUGGUGGAUGGACGGCAUUCCCCGCCCAUGGUCAGGAGUGUGGCUGCCAUCCACCCCAGCCUGGAGAUCCCCAUGCUGAUUCCUAAGGAAAAACCCCCAAUCACGGUUGUUGGUGACGUGGGCGGCAGAAUCGCCAUCAUUGUGGAUGACAUCAUCGACGAUGUUGACAGCUUUCUUGCUGCUGCAGAGACGCUGAAGGAAAGAGGGGCUUACAAGAUCUUCGUGAUGGCCACCCAUGGCUUGUUGUCUUCAGACGCUCCUCGACUGAUCGAGGAAUCCGCCAUCGACGAGGUGGUGGUUACCAAUACAAUCCCACACGAAAUCCAGAAGCUCCAGUGCCCCAAAAUUAAAACUGUGGAUAUCAGCAUGAUCCUUUCCGAAGCCAUCCGUCGGAUUCACAAUGGGGAGUCCAUGUCUUACCUUUUCAGGAACAUCGGUUUAGAUGACUGAGCGGCUUUGCCGUCCUCACACUAGGGAGGGCCAGCCUGGAGCCACUGGAUCGUGCUGGCGGGAGCCUGCAGCUGCCCACAUUUUCUUCCUUUCUUCUGGGUAAUUCCUAGGACGUGUGACCAACUUUUUAUGUCAGUUUGGGUUUGUGAGUUUUGGGGUAAUUUUUAUAAAAGAAAAGCUAUAUUCUCCUCUUCAAUAAAAUGAACUAACUGGAAUUUUUGUUUUGUUUUUGUUUUUUAGUCAGGCAAUUUAAGCAAUGAAAUAAGCUUUUUCAGCUCACAAACCUUUUCCCAAAAUUGCUGGACUACAGUGCUUUAAAAAAGUUAGUAAGAUAAAAUCAUCUACUUUAGGACAUCUGUGAUAGAACUGACAAAAAGAUUAUACUGCUGACUACAUUCAGCAACAUUUUUAGAAAUGCUUUUGUAGGCAAGCAUAUGGAAUAUGUGACCAUUAUUUAUUUUCUGCAACAAAAGAA